UAGUGUCGUUUUGAUGAUGAACAGCAGUAUCCAGAAUACAACCCAUUCACUUUCGCUCAGGCGAGAAAUUAUGCAUUCGAGAUGCGGUGCCCAGAUUUAUCAUAGAUUUAUAAAGAAAUUUAUACGGCUGCACACCAAACCGCUUAUUUCCGUAUAUUUUGGGUGGGGCUGGUCGCGUCUGCAAAAUAACCUAAAAGGGAUGGCAUCCAAUGGCUACUUUCUCGCGAGGGAUGAGUUCAUAGACUCUCUUGCUCAGAAUGCUGAUGCUUUGGAGAAGCUCCAAAAGAUGUAUAAACUUCCGGAAAUAUACACCACCUUGCCGCCGGAGAGGACUGUACGUGCCUUGGAGCUAAUCGAUGUCUUUUCUCCACAGUCACCUGUUGGACUGCUCGAGCUUCCUUUUUGGUUAGGAAUGAAGGACACGCACAAGAAAAUCAAGAGGAUCAUGAAAUUAAAGAAGUCUAAUUCCUUUCGUUAUAGAGGCUGUAAUGAAUUGCACUUGAAUGCAGACCUGGAGCAGAUUUUAAGAAACGUUGAGAGAGCUGGUCGUUACUUCUAUAGUGACCUCCAACUUGCCCAAUCUGUGCUACAGACUAGAGCAGCAGUAGCAGACAAAACGGAAAAAUUCAUUAAAACCAUUCCAGUUAUUACUGACCUUGUGAAAGAUGUUGGCGACACUAUGAAAGAUCUCGCAAAUCUUCAAAUAACCUUGGAGAGAGGACUUGACAAUAGCACUGAUUUCUGUUGCAGCUCUAAAAGGAAAGUGAAUAAUGAAGAAGGGCCACCUCAUCCCUUGAUACAACCCCUAUCUACUGGUUCUGAUCCUCUCAGAAGAAGACAGAUAGAACAGGCACACACAACGCAAGCUAUGUUACCACCUCAGAGCCGAUUUGAAGAGAGUUGGAGAAAGGGACCACCCUCUCCUUUGCCUCCUCUUCCUCCCAAGCCUUCAAAUUCUCCACGAGUUAUUGAGCGAGUGGCCAAUAAAAUAGACGAGAGGAAAGUGAUGGUUCAAUUAGGAGAACCUAGAAUACGAAUGUCAAGGACUUUUAAUGAUAGGGAAGCAUUUGAUCGAUUGAUGGCAGAAGAGCAAAGGAGGAAAAUGGCACUACAACAGGAAAAAAUGAUUGAAAGCAGGCCGUUACCCGAUAUACCACAACCUGUUAUGUUGUAUGAUGACAUACUAAAUAGCCCUCGGGAAAUUAGUUCACAUUCCUAUCCAAAUCCAACCUCUUCAACAAACCCUUUUGAGCGAGGGCCUAUAGACACACCAAACGAAAGAGGACGAGUCAUAAUUGAGCAACAAAAUCCUUUUGUCCAACAAAAACAGUUUUCUGUCCUAAAGCAGCAACAGUUUCAAAUGCAGGUCGUGGAAGAGCAAGACUUUCACAAUAGACAAAACCCAUUUUUUAGCAGAAGAGACAAUUUUGAAAAAUCAUCCUUUGAUGCUCCGCAUUCCUUAGAACUUAAAACUGAUGAUUACGAACGUUUGAGACGGAGCAGAAUGGACCGUUGUGAAAGCUAUGUGGACAUGACAAACAACAGUAGUAAAAAUUCCAGCUAUGUUAAUGUCACUGUAUCAAAUGGCGUGCCAGUUAUGCCACAACCAGGCGGCGAAACUUCUGGUGACUCUGAUGAAGAAACAGAUAUGGAAUUAUUUAGAAGAUUUCCUACUGAAGAUGAUGAAGAUGAAGAAAAUUUCCCUGCAGAAGAAUAUGAUUCAGUUGGACCUUCUAAUAGUCUAUCAAGAAGUCAAUUAAUGCAAAUGAGACACUAAGGGCUCUCUUUUUAUUUUUUGCUGCUACAAAUUUAUUUAAAAAAUAGUAUCAUUAUUCACUAACCUGUUUACAAGUUUCACUUGUUUAGGAUAUGCAUAUUAAUGAUAUUUAUUGUUGGAAAUGGUAUUUAUGAAUGAGAGAA